AUGGGCAAGACCCCUCUUGCUCGACUCAUUUACAAGGAUCACAGAGUAACUGAACAUUUUGACCUGAAGGCCUGGGCCUACGUUUCAGAUCUUUCUGACACGUUCAUGGUUACAAAAGCAGUUUUCAAGUCGUUCACUUUACAGUCUUGUGAUCUCAAGGAACAAGAUAUGUCUCAACUUGAAGCUAAUUUGUGCGAGAGACUUGAGGGAAAGAGAUUUCUACUUGUUCUAAACAUUGCGUCCCCUUUUAUUUUUGGAGGAUGGAAAGCCUUACAACCUCAUUUUAUAAAAGCUGCAAAUGGAAGCUAUGUUAUUGUAACUACACGCAAUGAACUCUCUGCAUCAUCAAUUAAACCUCUUUGUGUUUAUUACAUUAAGCCAUUAUCAGAUGAAGAUAGUUGGUCGUUGUUUGUAAAUUUUGCUUUUGGAGGCCAAAACCCAAGUUCAUAUCCAGAACUAGAAGAUAUUGGCAGACAAAUUAUGGAAAAGUGUUGUGGCUCUCCUUUAGCUUUAAGAACAGUUGGGUGUCUCUUGCGCUUGAAGCUGCAAGUUGAGGAGUGGGAUGCUGUACUAGAUCAUUUGAAGCAAAAUUUGGAGGAUUUUAAAACUGCAAUGAACAACACAUUAACACUGAGCUACAGCACAUUAAAACUGAGCUAUGAUCAUCUUUCUGCACAAAUAAAGUGA